GGCACCAGAUACUAUAGCUUACUUCCUGACUCGGUAGUCGCUUGGGAACGAGACAAGCCACCGAAACAACGCUGUUAACAUUCAACAUGCGGUCUCUCAUCCUUUUGGUGUCUGCUUCUGUGCUGUUCUCCGGUUUCACUAUCAAAGAGGCAAAUGGAGAUAUGAAAGUGUACAGACGACAUCGAUUAAAUAAAGACAAACGUGGUGCCGCUGACUAUCCCAUGACGAGCUACGCUUCACCAUCAUACUCACAAACCGGAUCUUCACUAUCCCAUUCUGGAUACUCCCUCAGGCCAGGAAUUCAAAGUUUCGCCGGUUUUGGAGGCUUCGGAGGAUAUGGAGGUUCCGUAGGCCAUGGCCUUCAAUUUUCUGAUUCCUCAUCAUCAGCAGCUGGUCUUGGUUAUAAUCUCGGCAUUAGUUCCGGAGGAGGGCAUGGUCUCAGCCUUGGAUCCGGAAGUGGUAACGGUUUAAGUCUUGGAUCCGGAGUUGGUCACGCACUCAGUCUUGGGGGACUUUCUCUAGGAGAACAGAGUGGACACCUUAUUCCCAUUCAAUCAAAAACAGGACCAGUAACUUUUGGUUCCAAUGGAGGAGGAGCAGGAGGAGGAGGAGGAUCAUCCUCCAACAGUGGUUAUUCCUCAUCCCCACACUAUAGUGGACUUCAAAGUAUUUCAGCCUUCGGAGGUGCUCAAUCUGGUGGUCACAAUUUACCUCUAGUUCUUGGAUCAUCACAAGGAUCAAGUUACAAAUUUCCUGGAUCAUCCGGCAUCACUGGGUCGCACGGAUUAUCAUUAGCUUCCCUGGGAUCUGGUGGAUCACCAACUUACAGCCUUCCAUUUUCUGGAGCAGGACAACAUGGUUCCGGUGGCUACCUAAUUUCUGCAGCAUCUCAUGGCUCCUCCAAAUAUAGCAUUCCAAUAUCAUCGGGUUCAUCUGGUUAUACUCUUUCAUCAUCAGGAUCUCCUCAUGCAGCAGCAACUUAUUUUUCUCCAGUUUCAUCCGCUUAUAAUCAAGCUAAUGCUCAAGAAGCAUCAGGUGGUUCCAGAUAUGCUCAACCAAUUUCUUCAUAUUCAGGUUCUGACUCUAAAUCAAGUCCCUACACGAAAUAUAUACCAGCUUCUUCUGAUGGAAGUACUUAUGCGACUAGUGAUUCCUCCAACAGUUCUCCAGUCUCCAGUUAUAGUUCUCAAGGAACAAGUUAUAGUUCACCAAGCCUCACCUAUGCAGGGUCCGGUCAAACUGAACUAGCAGGUAGUCCAAGCUAUGCUGGCUUAAGUGGUUCUAACCAUGCUAGUUCUAGUACAAGUCAAUCAACUGGGAGCUUCAAACAUGCGGGAACCAGUUAUAGCACACCUAGUGCUAGCUAUUCCAGUGCCAAUUACCAGAGUCCUGCUUCUAGCUAUUCGAGUCCAGCUGUUCAGUAUGCUGAUUCUGGUUCCAGCUAUCUAGGAUUAGGUGGAUACGCACCUCAAAGUAGUCCCCAAGCAGAAUCAGCUGGAGCUUAUUCGAGCUUGUCUGCGCGAUAUCGUAGGCACCCUACUACAAAAGCUGUUGAUAAUAAGGAAUCUGAUCUUUCCAUGUACGAUACGAUCUCGUAUUCAGCUCCUAUUGAAUUUGGAUCGAAUUAGACGAAUUAAUUGACAGCCAGUUUUCUCGAAAACUGCAAGUAGACGUAACUUCCAGUCGAUACUAGAAGAAAAGGAGGUUUAAUGUUGCAAAAUUUUUGAUUUCAGUUUGGAAAGUAUUUAGUCCGGUUAGACUAGACUAUUGUUGGACUGACUUUCAGAGUUCACUUGCUCACUUUUUUAUUUCUUAAGUUUAAUGAUCUCAGCUUUAAUUGAGGGCUUUUGUAUUUUUUUUUGUUUAUAGAAUCUGGGUAUAAAUCGUAAUUAGAUUACUUAAGAUUUAGACAAUUUUCUAACUAUUUAAGGUGUAGGUUCCAGAUUUCCAUUAUUUGAAUUGUUGUUUCAAGAAUUUAAAUUAAAGAGAUAGUUGAUAAAAUUUUUUCCAGUAUCGAACUGGAAUGUAGAAAAUCGAUGUUGCGAAAACCUAAUUUCUUAUUUAUCGACACGUAUUUUGUCAUGAUUUGGAAGGAAAUCGUUAACUGCAAAUCGGAUAAGUCACCUGAAAGUAGUUAAUGGUAGGCGGCUCAAGGGACUUAUCCGAAAUGCAGUUAAAGGUGUUCUUCCAGAUCACGGCAGUAUUGUAAGAAUAGCAUUUAUCUAUUUAUGACUUUGUUGACUAUUGUUGAAUUUAUUAUAAGCUCUGCAGUAUUGAGGUGUGAUCUUAAUUGUAUAGUAUUUUGUACCUUUUUGUAAUAAAAAGCUUUUUCUUGUA